AUGGCCUCCUUUUGGGAGCACCCGAAGAGACACCUUCGGCGAAUUGAGGCGUUGGUGGGCAAUAUGCCUCCCGAUGCGGUGGAGGCGACUACCCUCCACCUUAAAGCUCAGGGGACUGAGGCCUCCUCUCCCCAAGACUUCCUCUGCGCCCUUGGCACGGCGGCGGCGGAAGAGGGCCGGCCUUCAACCCUUGCAGUGGUCCGAGAGCUCCGCGAUGAGGAGCACCAACGGGCCCGGAAGGCUGAGACCGACACGGUGGCCGAAUGGCUCGUGAUUGGCACCCGGCGUGGCAUGCGACCGCUCUUUCGCUGCCUCUCCAAAGCUGAGACCAAUGUCACGAGACCCUUCACUGAGGUCUCAGCUGAGUCCCGGCCUUACGAGCGGCUCAAGUACUGGGCCACUCUGUGGCAAGCCCGGGGAAGACCAGCCUCCUCCUUUCUGGAGCUUCGCCAGAAGGCUGUGGAGCAAGCCAGGCUGCUUCCCGCGGAGGUUCAUACCCUCGCCGACCUGUGGAGAGAGGUGGAGUUGGAAGGCAUAAAGUGCCGUUGGGAGCUUGCAAGCUCAUGGAUCGAGGCCAACCGGGCAUCCCUGUGGUGGGAUUCGGCCCUGCCAUCCCGCAGCACGCACGAUGCAUCCCUGCGGCGCGCGUUCCUCUACGAGGCAUGCCGAAUCGACAAGGUGCAUCGGUGCACCAUCUUCUUCGAUUUAAGCACCUUUUAUGAACGCGUUAGCCACGAAAAGUUGUGCGAAGAAGCAGCCCAUUGGGGCUUCCCGCCGCUUCUUCUCAACUUAGGGAUGCAAGCUUAUCGUGGCGGUCGCAUCGUGACUGCCGACUCUGUCGCAUCACCAUGCGUUUUCGCGGCGAGAGGAAUAGUAGCGGGUUGUCCGCUAGCUCCUCUCCUAUCGAAGCUAUCGAUAGGAAAGCCCAUCAGGGCAGCGUGCGCCGGCUCCCUGGCGGACUACGUAGGGUGUUGGGUGGGCGACGUCUCGGCCGAUGUCGUCCAAAAAACCCCUGAGCGCGCCGCCGCCGGGAUUGUCACCCUCUUUCGCCGUCUUCACGACGCGUUGGAGGCGGAGGGCAACGAGGUGUCUGCCUCCAAGACACAUUUCCUGGCCAGUUCGCCAGAGGCGGAACGCGCACUCCGCCGAAAACUGGGGAAGGGCGACCCCCCGGUGCGCCAAACCACCAAGGACCUUGGCAUGGAAACCGCAGCCGGGCGGCGCCGGACCACUUUCCAGUCGGCGGCGCGUCGCUUGAAGGCCAACCGACGCUUUGCGAAGCUCCAAUCGCUCCGCUUGCCGGCCCUCCGGGUGUGGUCCCGGCUCUUUUCCAUGAGCGUCAUGGCAUCGGGAAACUGGGGACACCAGUCCCAAGGGGUGUCGCCCAAGGUCAUGCAGAGCAUUCGCUUUCAGGCCGCGCAGGUGUCCAGGCGGGUGAUGACUGGCAGUGUGGAGGUUGCGCUUGAGCUUGGUGGCCCACCGACAAAAGACCCGCGCACCUCCAUAAUUGGUCAGCACUGGGCGGCCCUUGGCAAAGUCCUUUGUGCACUGCCGGACCGCGAGCAGUUGGAGCGUACGUGGCUCUUUUUCUGGGAGCAGCUCCAGCGGAAGGACCGGUGGAAGAUCAUUUGUGGGCCGGUGGGCGCCAUGAUCGGCUACCUGCUCGAACUGAGGGUCGAGGCCUCCUCCCCUCAUCGAUGGCUCUUCUCGGCGGACUUGUGCCCGGCCACACUGGCGUGCCUUAUGGCCCUGGCCGACCGCAGGCGGCACGAGGCCAUCAGCAGGCAAACAGGCUGCGAGUCGCUUGACCGGGGGAUCGACCACACGGAGUGUUUGUGGUGGAAGGGCCGCGCCCCACCCGCACCGGCCAACUGGGCACGGCUCAGGGAGAAGUACCGCUUCGAGAGCCUCUUUCCGGCAAAAGCCUCCCAGCUCCGCGGGUACUCGUGGGGCCCGGAGAGUGAGGAGGUCACCGGGGUCGCAGCUGCCAGGGAGUGGGCCCCUGAGUACCUCUACGGCACGGACGGGACUGCGGGUGCCCACGGCAACGACCCCCGCGGCCGCGUAGCGGCGUGGAGCGUGGUCAUCUUCCAGCGUGCCCCCGAUGGGCUCAGGCAGGUCGGGUCCGCCUGUGGCGUAUUGCCGCCGGGCACCACGGUGCCACAGGCCGAAGCUUACGCGAUCGCCCGCGUGUGCGCCCGCACACCAGGGGUCGCAGAUAUCACCACCGACUGCGCUGGGAUGCUGCGGCAGCAAAAGUCUUUGGGAGUCAGCUGGCCGUGGCUACAGGGGGGCGACCGGCGAGCGCACGCCUCACUGACACUGACGUGGGUCAGGUCACACGUGACCGCGGAGGGAUUCAGCGCUGAAUUCGGAGAGUCGUCUCUCUGGAGACAGCAGAUAAACGACGCGGCCGACCAACUCUGCCGGAAAGCGGCGGCCCGGGCCACGGCCCAAGUGGGCCCAUGGUGUCCAGACGAGAUCGACGACCUAGUGCGUGAGGUGACGCUCUUCUUGCAGCACAGGGCUUCCGUGCUGCUGGUCUCCAAAGAGCAGCCACCCUGGGACUUGACCCAGGAGGGAACACCCAAACGCAAGAAGGGGAAGAAGCAUACCCCCAAGGGCGCGCGAGAGCCUGCGACCCCUGCAACACAGCCCCCGCACCAUCGGCCCAGGCCAGCCGCAGAUGGAGGGGAGAACAAACGCCAACGGAUCGAGGCCCUCAUCAAAGAGGGCACCGGCGGGCACACGUGGGAGGCCCACCCCACUGCCAUCGCCUCCGCGGCGUGCUUGGUGUGCGGGCUGUACAUUAAGCAGCUCAUGCCCUUGUGGCGUUUCAACCGCAUAGCCGCCCACCCCUGUCGGCACAGGGAGCGCCCCAUUCCAGCUGAGCUGGAAGUGCAUGGGGCCGGGGAAGACAGGGCAGUGGAUCUCCCCAAUAGCGCUCUCCCGGAAGCGGCGGCACCGAAGCACCGGAGCACCAGGCACCAGCGCGACGGCCGCGCCCUCGAACCAGGAGCCACCGCCCCGGACAAGAUGGAGGCCGGGGAGUUGGAGGAGGAGCAGGCAGAUGAUGCCAUGGGUACGCCCGACGGGGAGCCAACUUCCCCCGCAGAGGUAGAGGUGGAGGAGGAAGGGCCGGAGCAAGAGGAAGGAGCUAGAGGAUCCCUGCCACCAGAGCUCCCCGGGUCAGAGCACGGAGCAGGCCCCACCGCCGGCCCGGCAGGGGAUGAAAACUCCUUUCUGGAGGCGGAGGCCGAGAGCUUAGGAGAGGUGAACCCUGACCCGAACCCUCUCCCACCUCCGGAGUGGCUCUACCGAGUCGACGUGGAGUGCCGGGCAGGAGGGCAGCUGCAGGUCAUAAGGCUGCCAGUGCCAGGACAUGCAAACGCGGGCUACAACUUGGGAGCCCUGCGCCUUUUCCCAGAGGAGACACGAUCCCUCUGGGAGACCCCUUGUGCAUGA